UGAAUUUUUACUUCCGGCUCAAGUGGAGAAAAUAUGUCUCUGUAGUAGUGCUAUAUAAGUGGGACAUUUCUGGACAUUUGGGGUCCAGCCAUUUGUGAACAAUUACUGGAUGAAUCAGUUCAGGGAAUCAGUGAAUCGGUUCAGGGUCAGAAUGGAUUCAAUUUAAUAAGCAGUUCAGUUUGAGAAUCGACUCAGGCUUGCGAAAAUGGAAAGAGGACACAGUGAACCAGCUGCUGAACAUAUUCAUGACCAGGUUAAGGAAUAUUAUGGGAAAAUCCUCAAGCAGAGUUCUGAUUUGAAGAGCAAUGCAUGUGUCCCUUCAGCUAAACCCAUCCCUGACUACAUAAGGAAAGCUCUGACUGAGGUUCACCCGGACGUCACGGCAAAGUUCUAUGGCUGUGGUUUGGCAGUGCCUGAGUGUGUGGAGGGCUGCAGGAUGUUGGAUCUCGGUUGCGGAAGCGGACGUGACUGCUAUGUGCUCAGUCAGAUGGUGGGCAAGAGCGGACACGUCACUGGACUCGAUAUGACAGAAGAUCAGCUGGCGGUUGCAAGAAAAUAUCUAGACUAUCACAUGGAGAAGUUUGGGUAUAAGAAGCCAAAUGUGGACUUUGUUCAAGGAUACAUCGAGGCACUGAGGGAAGCAGGGCUGGAGGAAAACUCUUAUGACGUAAUCAUAUCAAAUUGUGUGGUGAAUCUUUCACCUGACAAGGAAAGCGUCCUGAGAGAGGCCUACCAUGUCUUGAAGGAAGGGGGAGAGCUGUAUUUCAGUGACGUUUACAGCAAUGCCCCAAUUUCAGAAUCCCUUAGAGCCAACAAAGUUUUGUGGGGUGAGUGUCUGAGUGGAGCUCUUUGGUGGGAGGAUCUGGUGCGAUUGGCUGAGGAAGUCGGGUUCUGCAAACCGCGAUUGGUCACAGCUAGUGUCAUUUCUGUAGGCAACGAAGAUCUCGAGAAACUUCUAGCUGACUACAAGUUUGUCUCUGCUACGUACCGUCUCUUCAAGUCACCGAAGAGUUCUGAGAAGGAGCGCUGUCUUGUCAUGUACGAUGGAAACAUUACGGGAUUGGAGGAGAAGUUUGAGUUCGAUGCACAGUACACGUUUAAGGUGAAUGAAGUGAUGGAGGUGGAUGGAGAUGUGGCCAACAUCUUGAAGAACUCUAGGUUUGCUGAAGAAUUCACUUUUCAGACUCGAGCACAGAGCAGCACAAAAUCAGGAUCAUGCUCGGCCAAACCCAAGGUCAUGCCUGAGAGCCCAUUCGGACUGGCGGAGCAGCUGGGAAGUGCGAGUGUGGCUUCAUCCACAGGGCUGUGCUGUGGCCCUCAGGAGUCAUGCUGCAAGUGAAAGCACAGGAAAUUAAUCAAAGUAUUACGCUGUGAAUUCAGACCGUAUAAAUUCAUAAAGUCAUGUUGACUGAACAUAUAAUUAAUAUUAUAUAAUAAAAUAAACUGUUGAACAAUCAUAGCAUGAAUCCAAGUAUUCAUAUAAGGAGAGAUAAUGGAUAUGUAAUGAUGUAAUAAUGCAUGCAGUAAUGUGUGUAAUAAUUCAUGUAAUGCUUUUUAACAUUUAAACCUAGUGACCUAAGUAAAUUUCAAUUCAUUUAAAUUAAAAUAAAAUAAUGGUUACAGAGUG